CCACUACUACUGUGCGCUUUCAAUAUGGCGGAGCUCGGGAAGCUGCUAGUCUUGGACGAUAUAAACAGACACUCAGUGGGCUUCCUUUUGUAAACCAUGAUACCGUAGUGUUGCUGCUGUUAGCUUAAAGCAUGUAUAUACCUAGUUGUAGGUGUUGAGUACUCCGAAAUGUCUUCAGAAGCAGACCUUGAGAAGGCUAUUCGUGAUGCUACGAAGACUUGCACAACCAAUCAGUCAAUGAUAGUUUUCACGUCCAAACAUCUGGACGAAUUGAGGACACAAUGCGCAUCAACGGAUAAAAUAACACAGAUAGAAAUAAAAGAUGCGGAAAGCAAGCUUAUUCGGAUGGUGGGUAACCAACUGGUGGCCAAGCAAAAAUUGAAUGUGGACAAUGUGCCUGAAGCCUUGAAGGAGUACCCCAAGCUGGAGCUCUGGCUCAGGAUUGUAGGCAUUCCAGAGUCUGCGAUCAAGGAAAUUCUUGAUGAGGGCUUAAUGUUCUCCGAUCUCCUGAAUAUGGAGCGGGAUCAGCUGACUUUGCUGCUCCAGAGGUUGAACUGUUCGGAGUUGGAAAUCAGGACGCUACUCACGGCAUUCAAAAACUUGAGAGCAUGUACAGAGAAACAGCUGUUGGGUCAGUCCACCUCAGAGCACGACUGGCACUUCACGGACCUGGCGUGCCUGCAGGCUGCGGCUGUUGCUGCCACAGCGGCCUCUCGUUCCACGACCAGCAGCCCAGCAGCCGGCAACUCCCCCAAACAUCAGGGGGGUCGGAUCUCCUCCUCCACCUCCUCCGCCACCUCCCUGUCCUCUGUAGAAACUUCAUCCACGCUCAAGACGGAUGUAGCAGCGCCCCCUGGCUCAGGGCAGGGUGGGAAACCUCUGCAGCCGGCCUCCACUUCCGCAACCCCUGCCCCUUCGAUCCUGUCCAACAGCAUUGCGGAAAUGCCCCCUCCUCGGAGCACGCCGUCCUCUCCCGUCCCUUCUCCGCACACAUACAACGGGUCCCCCCCUGCCUCCCGCUCCAAGUCUGUGAGCAGCGCGGCUGUGAAGUACCCCAUCACCCCUCCUCCCAAAAAAGGCUACAUGCUCUUUCCUGAGUCGUCCAUCACCAAGAGUAAAAGCCACGAGAGCCAACUGGCCAACAAGGUGGUGGACAUCGACCCUGUCAAGAGCAACAAGAGAAAGCCCCAGGGGAUGAACAUCAAGCUGAGCGGCAGCCACGAGGUUCUGUUCCGACGCAGGCUGUCCACGGACGGCUCGGAGACGGGCAGCCGAGGGCCCUCAGGUCACACCUCCCCUGUCAUCUCCUCCCCGAUCCGAUCCCCUCCUUACAAGCAUGACCCGAGUGCUGGCCAGAUUGACGAUCACUCCAAGUAUUCCAAUACACUUACAGUUCCCAAAUCUCCAAAGACACCCCUAAAACUCCACCAUCAGAUAUAUCAUAGAUGUACCUCGUCCAUGUUUGUGCUUGCCCCCUGUGAUCUGUGUCAGACCUUCGCCAUUCGUGGGAGAACGUGUAAAAACUGCAAGAAAAAAUUCCAUAAAGACUGUGCCCAACGUGCCCCGCCUACCUGUGGUCUUUCAGAUGCUACAGUCGAUGCCCUGCUGGAGUGGAAUGAGUCCCCAAUGUCCCAGCGACGCAUGACCAAAGGCAUCCUGUCCCCCAGCAGCUGGGAGGAGAGCCUCAAGCCCGUCAAGUCCAUGCCAGCCUUCCCCGGCGGCCCGUUGCCCGACUCUGGCUCCAACACCUCCUCCUGCAACUCCUCCUCCCCCUCCUCUCCCGCCUACCACCAGACCUCCUCCGACACAAUCACCUCCCCCUCCCCGGCCCCCUCCCCCUACAGUUCCUCUCGCACACAGUUCAACUUUCCUGAUGUUGCCUCAACGCUCCCAGCAGAUUUUGGUGGGGGCACGACAGGGACUGAUUCCCCUGACACCGAUGUUGUGAGUACCGAUGCAUCCAACGACAGUGAUAAAACGUUAAUUGAUAGUAACACAUCAGAGCGAACUCUGCCGGACAGAGUGGACUCUGUGGACAGUACAGACGACUAUUCCUGGAACCGGCAGAACAGUUUGGCUGCGACUAUGAAAGAGUGGGAUAUUCCAUACGAGGAUCUCAAUGUUGGAGAUGCUAUUGGGAAAGGAAGGAUAGGAACAGUGUACAGGGGCCAGUGGCAUGGCGAUGUGGCCAUCAAAUUGUUAGAUACAGGGAACAGCACGGAUAACGAGGCUCAGCUUGCGGCAUUCAAACUUGAGAUUGCCAUCUUGAGGAAGACUCGACAUGAGAACUUAGUUUUAUUCAUGGGAGCCUGUAUGAAACCCCCUCGCCUUGCUAUAGUCACCAGUUUCUGUAAAGGCCAAACAUUGUACACAAUGAUCCAUCUCAACAAGAACACCUUCAAGAUCAAUAAGGCCAUCAUCAUAGCCUCACAGAUCGCUCAGGGCAUGAGCUACCUCCACGCGCGAGCGAUCAUCCACAAAGACUUGAGGACAAAGAAUAUAUUCAUGGACAGUGGCAAGGUGGUCAUCACUGACUUUGGCCUGUUCCACAUGACCAAGUUGUGCAGAGGAACCAAAUCUCAGUGCGUUUCCAACGAGAAAGACAACUGGCUGAGUGUGCCCAAGGGCUGGCUGUGUUAUCUGGCACCAGAGAUCAUCCGCUCGCUCCAAGCUAUGCAACAGUCUGACCUGCCUUUUACCAAGAUGUCGGACCUCUAUGCUUUUGGGACUGUGUGGUAUGAACUGCUAUGCAACGAGUGGCCAUUCCGCAGCCAGCCCUGUGAGACGGUCAUCUGGCAGGUGGGCAAAGGGAUCAAACAGUCUCUGAGUACAGUGUCUGCUCCGCGAGAAGUAAAGGAGAUCCUUAUGUCAUGCUGGUCGUUUCGCUCCAACGACCGGCCGGACUUUGCCCAGAUCGCCAAGGCUCUGGACCGCAUCCCACGCACACGCCUCAUCCGAAGCCCGUCCCACCCAUGCCAGUUAAGCCGGAGCUCCGAGGCCAUUUCCCUCUCCUGACCUCUGACCUUGGGUUCGUUAUUGCAGAGUUUGUGGUGGAAAAGAAGACAACAGAGUCUGAUGAGGUUCGUUACUGUGGAGUUUGUGAUGGAAAGGAGGAUGAUAAAGCCAGGCUGCGUCGGGCCUGGGGCCUGCUGCUUAUUGGGAUCGCUGACUCGCUCCCGGCUGUUGAGCUCAGUUUUGUGGGGGAGUUGACUGGAAGAAGGAUUAAAAAUUCAGCUGUUUAGGAUUCUGGGUUAUCUCUCUCUCUCUCUCUCUCUCUCUCUGUCUUUGUGUCACUCCUGAUGUCUGACCUUGGAUUCAACGUGAGGGUGGAUAGAAGGAUAACAGACCUAGGCUGUGUUGCCAGGGCAGAUAAAUUGCAGGGUGUAGUGUGAGGAUCUUGGGGGGG